AUGGCUGGCGCCAAGAAAAAGAAGAAGGCCGCUGUCAACCCGGCUAGAGGUUUCGCCACCACCUCCGUUGCUUCAUCCAAGGCUCGCACCGAACCCGCUGGGGGCUCUGAUAAUGCCGCCAACGGCCGGGCCGCCAAUGCCGCAUCUAAUGCUGCCACAGCCCAAGAUGCUUCUGCUGCAUCUCAGUCUACUCCCCCGGGUGACCAGUCGGCCCAGAAGACCUUGAGCCCGGAAGAAUAUGAAAAGCAGCUUGAAGAAGAUGAAUUGCAGUUGCUUGUUGACAAAUACGCUCAGAAGACCAAGAGGGAUGCUCAGCGUCAGCGCACACGGCUUGAAACUGAUCGGCGACUUCUCAGAAGCCAGGCCGACUCCAUCAAUUCUAGGAAGUGGUUGCCCCAAGAGCUUAUGGAUCAGAUCUUGGACCUCAUCCAAGCCGAAAGCCGUUUUGCUUCUUCUAGCGUGUCCACGGAAAGUGCUGCCAGCGGCAAGAUGCUGCCGGAGGAAGAUAUGACCAUCAAGCUCUGGACCCUACAACAGACCCUCGGCAGCGUCGGCUUUCCAGAAGAUCGCGUCCAGUCCGUCAUGCGUUAUAUCUUGGACAUUGCUCCCAAUAUACCUGCUAUCGCCAGAGACAGUUUGUGGGGACUGGAAGAAGCCCUUGACUGGCUGGCUAGAGAAUGCCCAACCGACGAGUUACCCGACUACGAUGGUCGGGGAAGACAUGGCAACAAGCCUUUGGAUACGCCUGCUGAAAGCCCUCUGCCUUCGGGUGCAACUACACCUAGAGUAUUGGAGCCAGACAGUCGCCAGAAACCUGCCCUAACAUCCAAGAAAGGGGCUCAAGUGGCUCAGAAGAAGAGGGUUGCGGUGACGUGCGACAGCGACAUCGAACCUGACGACCUAGUACCUGCCUACCUCGAAACAAAGGCCAAGCUGUUCGAAAUUGAACGGAACCAGCAAGGAAGAAAGCGGCAGAAGAACAGUAAGGGCAGCGGGAACGAGGACGAUGAGAAGAAGGUCAAGCUUCGUGCGAAACUUGACAGAAUUGAAAAGGACGUAUUGUUUGACAAAUUUCCGGCUGAGCAGCAAUGGAAGGCUCAAAAGAUCGUCCUGGAGAGAGAGCUUGCAGAGGCGAGAAAACAAAAUGCACAGGAAGAAGAUGCGAAGGAGCCUGGAACGGACACCGAGCAGCCUGCUGUGUCAUCUGACGGAGACGUCAACGAUGAGGCCACCCGCAUCGCGGCCGAAAUUCUCGCCGAGGGAGGCAGCGACGAUGACGGCGACGGCGCUCUUGCUGACCUUUUUGCCAACCUGCCUGUGACUGAGGUCGAUGCCACUGGGAAGUCAAGUACCGUGGUCAACGGCGCAGACGGCGUGAAGAUUACGAUCCGGGAUUUUGGAAAAUGGACUGGCGUCACCCCCAUGAGGGCCCUCGAGGAAGCUUGCAGAGCCAGGGACGCCUCGGUAAAGAUUACGUACCGACUUAUUUCGGAGGUACCUUUUGCCAACCGUCACUCUGUUUCCGUGUCCUGGGCCAAACCCCAGGGCUCCCUCCCGCAAUCUCAGGACGAUAGCGUAGAGACCAUCGCUUACCCGACGAGCUUCAACUUCAGCAUGAAAUCAAUUGCCACACCGGACAACAAGCAGUCAGAGGCCUUCAUUGCAACCUGGGCACUGUUUCACAUUUUUGGCACGUCGUCCAAGGAGGAGAAGGUCGGCAUGAGACUUCCUGCUGUCUGGCGUGAGCUAUGGGAUGAGCUCGCCGACACCAGGAAGAGCCUCCUAGACUCCAAGGACCGAGACGCUAUCCGGGAGCUAAGAAGUCUUGUGCGCCAAAGGCAAGAUCAGGAACUUGAAGACGGAGUCAUCAUCCAAGGCGCUUUCAAGGGCCGGGGCGCUGGUAGAAGUGGGAAUGACAACAGAGAUGAAGCUGGCCUGGAGGCAGCCAAGCGCCUCUCUGGUGGCCCAGAGUACUACCAGAACAUUUGGUCUCGGAAGAGCAGCACCCCCAGAUAUCAGGCCAUGCUCCAGUCUCGCAUGCAGCUUCCCAUGUGGAACUUCAAGCAGCAGGUCACCGACGCCGUCGACAGAGAGCAAGUGGUCAUCAUUUGCGGCGAGACGGGCUGUGGAAAAAGUACGCAGACGCCAGCGUUCCUGCUGGAGCACCAACUAUCCCAGGGCAAACCAUGCAAGAUUUACUGCACCGAGCCACGUCGUAUCUCGGCCAUCUCGUUGGCCAAGCGCGUCAGCGAGGAGCUAGGAGAAAACCGAGGUGAUGUGGGAACAAACAGGUCCCUGGUUGGCUAUUCCAUUCGACUGGAGGCGAACACGUCUCGAGAGACACGCCUGGUGUAUGCGACCACUGGCAUAGUCAUGCGUAUGCUGGAAGGCUCAAAUGACUUGCGAGAGGUUACCCACCUCGUGCUCGAUGAAGUCCACGAGAGGUCUAUCGAUAGCGAUUUCUUGUUGAUCAUCCUCAAGAAGCUCCUGUUGAGGCGAAAGGAUUUGAAGGUGGUUCUGAUGUCGGCUACAGUCGACGCGGAGCGCUUCUCCAAAUAUCUCGGUGGAGCACCAGUAUUGACUGUGCCAGGUCGAACAUUUCCCGUGCAGGUCCGCUACUUGGAGGAUGCCAUCGAGACGACCGGCUACAUGGUUGGGCAGACCAACCAGGAAAAGAUGAUCGACCUAGACGACGACAUGGUAGAUGUAGACACCGAGACGCCCAAGUCUACGUCUGGGGCCGACCUCUCAGCCUAUUCCGCAAAGACAAGGUCAACUCUCGCCCAGAUGGACGAGUACCGGAUCGACUUCGACCUUAUCGUGCAGCUCAUCGCCAAAGUAGCAUCUGACACGGAGUAUACAGCGUACAGCAAAGCUAUUCUGGUUUUCCUGCCCGGUAUCGCCGAGAUUAGAACUUUGAACGACCUCCUAUCCGGCGACCCCUCGUUCGCCUCCAACUGGUUGAUCUACCCUCUUCAUUCAACCAUUGCAACCGAAGAUCAAGAAGCUGCCUUUCUUGUCCCUCCUCCUGGGUUUCGCAAGGUUGUCCUCGCCACCAACAUCGCUGAAACUGGCAUUACAAUCCCAGACGUUACCUGCGUCAUCGAUACCGGCAAGCAUCGUGAGAUGAGAUUCGACGAGAGAAGACAGCUCUCGCGGCUCAUCGACACCUUCAUCUCCCGAGCGAACGCCAAGCAGCGACGUGGCAGAGCCGGUCGAGUCCAGGAGGGACUCUGCUUCCACCUUUUCACGAAGCACAGGCACGACUCGCUCAUGAGCGACCAGCAAACACCAGAAAUGCUUCGACUAUCACUCCAAGACCUCGCCAUCCGCGUCAAGAUUUGCAAGAUCGGCGGCAUCGAGGAGACGCUGAGCGAGGCUCUGGACCCUCCGUCAGCCAAAAACAUCCGCCGUGCCGUGGACGCACUCAUUGAUGUGCGAGCCUUGACCCCCGCAGAGGACCUGACUCCGCUCGGUCACCAGCUCGCGCGACUUCCUCUCGACGUGUUUCUGGGAAAGCUAAUUCUUAUGGGCGCCAUCUUCAAGUGCCUGGACAUGGCCAUUACCGUGGCGGCUAUUCUAUCCUCGAAGACGCCUUUCUCGGCGCCAUUUGGCCAGCGGGCGCAGGCAGAUAUUGUGAGAAUGGGAUUCCGCAGAGGCGACUCGGAUCUCUUGACCAUAUAUAACGCCUACCUUGCCUGGAAGCGAGUCUGCCAGUCGACGAGUGCGUCUGGUGGCAAAGACUACCAGUUCUGUCGCAAGAAUUUUCUUAGCCAGCAAACACUUGCAAACAUUGAAGAUCUGAAAGGCCAACUCCUGGUUUCGGUCGCAGACUCUGGGUUCUUGCAGCUGACAGACGACGAGAGAAGGGCACUGAACCGACUGCGGUACGGAGCAAACUCGCGGGGCCGACGCCAUCAGAACUUCUUUGAUGUCCCCCAGAGAGUCAAUAACAACAGCGAAAACGACGCUAUCACAACAGCGGUCAUUGCUUGGAGUUUCUACCCCAAACUUCUGGUACGUGACAACCCAGGCAGUCGAGGCCUGCGAAAUGUUGGCAACAACCAAUCCAUCAGUCUGCAUCCAUCAUCAGUCAACAAAGGCCAUAAUGAGAUCAAGUGGAUGUCGUACUACCACAUAAUGCAGUCAAAGAGUGUCUACCACGCGCAUGAAACCACAGCAGCUGAUCCCUUUGCCAUUGCUCUCCUUUGUGGUGAUGUAAGAGCUGAUAUGUUUUCUGGUGUGCUUGUCCUGGAUGGCAAUCGCUGUAGAUUUGCCCUUCCUGACUGGAAGACCAUGCUCGUCGUCAAAGUCCUGCGCACACGGCUUCGGGAGCUCCUCACACGUUCAUUUAAGCAACCAGGAAAGUUGCCAACUGCCCAACAUGAGCGCUGGCUGGCCAUUUGGCAAAAGAUAUUCUUACAAGACGCGAACAAGGACAACAACGGUAACACCCCCGUGACCAAGGCAUAG